CGAGUACUACUGCGCAAAGGCCGGGGAGACGAGCGAGUCGCAAAGAUCCAGGAUUCCCCAGGUGAGUAUCCAGUCUAGUACUUAACUGAAGGGGAACCUGAGUGAGAACCUAAGGGGUAUACUGAUAGUAAGGUAGACUGCCCUGAGCGCGAGGCGACAUAUGUGAUCACCAACGGCGGAAUAAAUGACCCUGAGAAGGUAUAAAUUAUGUGAGCUGUAGCAACGAUGUUUGAUGUUGACGUUGUUGAUAUUACUUCGCCAGUUUAAGCGAUGGAAAUGGAAAGUCUAGUCGGGGAUCCACCGCGUAAAGCUGCCAAUCAAAACCGUCGAGUUAAGUUAUUGAAGUUAACUAGUUAGUAUUAUCGAGUAUAAAAAAAAAAAGCUGCUCUGCAGAAACAAAAACCCUGCAAGAUACCAACAAUGAAUACCAUCACCACCACAUCACUACUCAAUUAACGAAGAAAAUAAAAAGCGAGAUGGUGACGAGCGUGGGAGGAUACAGUGUGCUGCCCGUUCUGUUACCCAACAGCAACAGUAAGGGGGAGAGCGAGGCCACACACUACCUGUACGUCCAAGCGCAUGCACCACGACUGCCGGACGCCGACUCUGGACGGUCACUGUUCGUGGUGAAUGUGCCAGUGACGAGCACGGAGAGGCACUUCCGACACUUCUUUGGUACGCAGCUCGGCAGCGGCCGGGUCGAGCGAGUCCAAUUCCAGCAUGAUGAAGCCAGCCGGCGCCUAGGGUCCAAGGAGAGCAGCACUAGCACCAGCACCGGGGUGACCACGAACAAAAAGAGGAAGAGGGGCGAAGAGGAGAGCGUGGAGGAAUACGCAAGCCGCCUUUCGACGAUCAAACUGCCUGGGGCCUGGGACCGACCGUUGCGGCCAAGCGGCUCGCAUGCAGUCGUGACCUUCGUCGACCGGCCGAGCAUGGAAGCCAGUCUGAAGGCGAUAAACAAGCGGGAGAAGUCAAGCAAGACGACGAUAAUAUGGGGACACCACUUAGAAGAAGCAACCGCGGAAGACGACACCAGCAACAACAAUAGCAAGAGCAACAAGAAAGGAUUGUGUCCUCUGGGCUCGGCGCGGUAUCACAGACAUGCGCAGCUUCGAUACCCCAGCCGCAGCGAGCUGCUGAAGAGCGUGAACGAGUACAUGAGCGUGCUGAGCAAGCUGGAAGAGGCGCGCGAACGGGAGGCCCGACGCCGGGGCAACGUGGUGGGCGAAGAUGGCUUUAUCACCGUGACGCGUGGCCCGAAGAGGGCGGUGGACGCUGGACGGGAGGAGGAGAUGCGCGAGCUUGUCGCCCGGCAGCGGGAGAAGAGCAAAGGGCUGGAGGACUUUUACCGGUUCCAGAUGCGGGAGAAGCGCAAGGAGAGACAGGGCGAGCUUCUGCGGCGCUUUGAAGAGGACAAGCGGCGCGUCGAGGAGAUGAAGAGGCGACGGGGGAGAGUAAUACCUGAAGAGUGA